AUGGAUACUCUUGCACUUCGAGCAAAAAUUCUUCCCGCGCAAGAGGACGGUGUAUCUGAGAGAGAGAGUUCGGAAAGCUGCUGCAGUAGCCCCAGACUUGACGAGGACAACACCGCUACCAAACGCCGGCUGAGGAAGCUACGAAGUUGCGUGAGCAGUCUACCGACUCUAUCGCUGCGAAUUGGCGGGCCUGAGAAGAAGCUACUGGGCCCCACCGUCAUUCCGCGAUCGACGAAGAAGAUCUUCACAUCCUCGUGGCUCAGCAUGGUUGCCAACGCAAAAAGGCAGGGCGGUUCGGAUGUGCCGACAAUUAAUGUCACGCCUGGAUCUCAUGGAAGAGAGGCAACUGCAGGUGUGAAACUUAAUCAGCAGCAUGUCUUAUCUCGAGAUAUGGGCGGGGAAAUCGCCCUGAGGAAACGAGCUCUCCUGAAAAGAAAUAACUCGGAUAAUGACUAUCUAACGAUGAAACACAACGCCAGGCACAUUCCAAGUACAUGCACUAUGCGGGAUAGCUCCCUGGAUAACUCCCUGCUUUCAGUUGAUGCGCCCAUGCAAGUUCGGCGUCGGAGCAGAACAAUGGAUUCCUUCGACUGCUCAAUGACUUCGAAGUCCCUCUUUCACCUGAACAGACUCAGAUCUAACAGUUCCACAUCCACUACAGUCACCUCUUCUCCAGCUGGUACCGGAACUGGUCAUACAAUAUCACCACACGUGAUCUCUACCCCACGGGAUUCCCUUUCGUCUUCCAGUGUGGGAACGUUUAACAACGUCAACCAUAGCGGUUCUGUGAGGACCAAACGCAAUGGCUCCAUAGUUAAUGUUCUCACUAACUUUGUGUCUGUGAAGUCGUCCACUCCCAUCCCAAAACCAUUGCCGGUACUAAUAUACCUUGAUAAUAUGUCUCCUCCACCAGCGGCGGAUUCCUCAUUGAGUGAAGACGAGUACAUCGGGUCACUUUCGGUGUAUGGUAGAUAUGUUGCGGCAAUACUAGCUGAAGAUGGUAAUGAAUUCAAGCAAAAGUGUCUAGAACGCUACAUCUCUACCGAGUUUGACUUUUUUGGUGAACCUUUAGAUGUGUCGCUUAGAAAGCUUCUUCUUUUAUUGUCACUACCCAAGGAAUCCCAACAGAUUGAGCGUAUGAUUUCUUGCUUUGCAACAGCAUACUACAACCAAAAUAAGCAUGAUUCUCUAUGGGGAGGCUGUGACGAUAUCAGCCGGAUGGCGUUCUCCCUUCUAAUGUUGCAUACCGAUCAUUUUAAUUCCAACAACAAAAACAAGAUGACCAAGGUCGAAUUUAUAAAACUAUUGCAUGAUGAUCAAAAGCAUAUUCCAAAAGAAAUUGCAGAUUACCUCUACGAUGCCAUUACGGUUCGUGAAUUUCCACAUGUUCUGUUGCCACCCUUCAUGACAAUGGACGAUGAAGACUCGCAGUCAGCAGCUUUAUGUAGUGAGCUAUGCUGCAACUUUUCGCCUAUGGCUAUUAUAAAAAGCCGCUAUCUUCUCUUCCGGACAGAGUUAUGGGUUCAAGCAAAAGGUAAGUCCAAUUCUAUUUCAUUUCUGAACAACCACGUCUCCUCCGCUUCUAGCGUAAAACACAUGCUGACUGACGAUAUAGACAUAUAUUAUCACAUUGUGAAUGAUUCAGUAUCAAGCGCUACUUUGGCAGCUGACAUGGAAAAGCACGGAUAUACAAUACCGCCGGUACCUAGCAUGCCCGGAGUUUUGCAGUUGAGUCAUAAAAACCUUGCAACGUUUACAGAGGUAAAAGGUGGCUACCUCAAGGCGUCAAAAGAGAUGUUGAGGAACUUUGUUGAUAUCCCAUUAGGUGCAGCAGACACUAAUUUAUUCUAUGCCGACAGCGAAUAUCGUUAUAUGAAGAUAAUCCAGAUAGGCAAACUAGAGGAUAUGAUGGUUAAGAAAUUUCCUCUUGUAGGAAAAACGACUUGGAAAAUGCAUCACUUUAUCUUAACCACGUUUGCAUUGUUUAUUUUCGAUGGAAACUACCAGCUAGAUUCAUCCGUCGAAACCGAUGAAGUUACGAAUACUACGAAUAUAGUUAUCCCCUUCCCGCCGACAUCGCAUGUUGUAAAGGUACUGGACUGUAAUGGCUUGUACGCCACUGCAUUCCCAGGAGCACAUAAACCUUCCGUAGCGCACGAGGAUGAGAUCCUGCAUGUGCAUCGGAAUGGACAGGAGUAUAGAUUCCACUGCGCUUCGAGCUCUGAAAGACAAAUGUGGCUUGAAGCAAUUAAUAUGGUAGCAGCGAUUUCAAACUGCUACAUCAUUAUCCCAUCGAUACCAAAUAGCGUCGGCCCGAUACAGAAAUGGAGCCUACAUGAAAAGUGGGAAAAGCUCAAUAGCUCCUUGCAGGAAAUGAGAUCCAAGCUGGAUACUGUUGUUAAAAUACUAGAAUGCUGUCAGACACUGGCGCCAAUUACCGGAAGAUGUAGGUCGCAACUGCUAAAAUACGUGGAGCAAAAUCUGACAAGGAUGGAUUGGCUCACGUACGAAAUAGCCCGCAAACAGGCAUACCUAGAGAUACUCCGCAGUAUCAUGAAAGUGAGCCAGGAGGCGCCGGUGCCAGAUGACCAAACUUCCAUAGAAGACAGCUUUUUGUUCAAAGAGUCCCAUAUCAAGGGCCAUGAGUGUGCCCGAAUAUCCAGUUGGCAUAAAUAG